CACACUUUAAAUAGCCGGCACCUUCCCCUUCCCCCUUAGAUAAUUCUUCUCCCCGACUGGACCUCUGGCGGCAACUUCAGUAAGGUGGGAUGGAUAGCAGGGCCUCAGGCACAGCCAGUAAUGGAGAGACAAAGCCAGUGUAUCCAGACAUGGAAAAGAAGGAGGAAGAUGGCACCCUGGAGCGAGGGCACUGGAACAACAAGAUGGAGUUUGUGCUGUCAGUGGCCGGGGAGAUCAUUGGGCUGGGCAACGUCUGGAGGUUUCCCUAUCUCUGCUACAAAAAUGGGGGAGAACACUGUGUGGAGUUCCAGAAGACCAAUGGCUCCCUGAAUGGUACCUCUGAGAACGCCACCUCUCCCGUCAUCGAGUUCUGGGAGCGGCGGGUCUUGAAGAUCUCUGAUGGGAUCCAGCACCUGGGGGCCCUGCGCUGGGAGCUGGCUCUGUGCCUCCUGCUGGCCUGGGUCAUCUGCUACUUCUGCAUCUGGAAGGGGGUCAAGUCCACAGGCAAGGUGGUGUACUUCACGGCCACAUUUCCUUACCUCAUGCUGGUGGUCCUGUUAAUUCGAGGGGUGACGUUGCCUGGGGCAGCCCAAGGAAUUCAGUUUUACCUGUACCCAAACCUCACGCGUCUGUGGGAUCCCCAGGUGUGGAUGGAUGCGGGCACCCAGAUCUUCUUCUCCUUCGCCAUCUGUCUUGGGUGCCUGACAGCCCUGGGCAGCUACAACAAAUACCACAACAACUGCUACAGGGACUGCCUCGCCCUCUGCUUCCUCAACAGCGGCACCAGCUUUGUGGCCGGCUUCGCCAUCUUCUCCAUCCUGGGCUUCAUGUCCCAGGAGCAGGGGGUGCCCAUUUCUGAGGUGGCCGAGUCAGGCCCUGGCCUGGCUUUCAUCGCUUACCCGCGGGCCGUGGUGAUGCUGCCCUUCUCUCCUCUCUGGGCCUGCUGUUUCUUCUUCAUGGUCGUUCUCCUGGGACUGGAUAGUCAGUUUGUGUGUGUAGAAAGCCUGGUGACAGCGCUGGUGGACAUGUACCCGCGCGUGUUCCGCAAGAAGAACCGGAGGGAAGUCCUCAUCCUUGGAGUAUCUGUCGUCUCCUUCCUUGUAGGGCUGGUCAUGCUCACGGAGGGCGGAAUGUAUGUGUUCCAGCUCUUCGACUACUAUGCCGCCAGUGGCAUGUGUCUCCUGUUCGUGGCCAUCUUUGAGUCCCUCUGUGUGGCUUGGGUUUACGGAGCCAGACGUUUCUACGACAACAUCGAAGACAUGAUUGGGUACAGGCCGUGGCCUCUUAUCAAAUACUGUUGGCUGUUCCUCACGCCAGCUGUGUGCACAGCCACCUUCCUCUUCUCCCUGAUCAAGUACACUCCGCUGACCUACAACAAAAAAUACACGUACCCGUGGUGGGGCGAUGCCCUGGGCUGGCUUCUGGCUCUCUCCUCCAUGGUCUGCAUUCCUGCCUGGAGCCUCUACAGACUUGGCACCCUCAAGGGCCCCUUCAGAGAGAGAAUCCGUCAGCUCAUGUGCCCAGCUGAGGACCUGCCCCAGCGGAACCCAGCAGGACCCUCGGCUCCCGCCACCCCCAGGACCUCGCUGCUCAGACUCACAGAGCUAGAGUCUCACUGUUAGGGGCAGGCCCUGGGAUGGUGCCUGUGAGCCUGGCCGUGGGGAUGGCUGCAGAGGGGACAGGGCAGAAGCAGCUGCAUGUGCUUCCCUGCCCCGCACCUAGAGUGGAUAAGACAAAAGGGGUGUUUUGGAAUCCACCUGCCGAGCUGGAGGCCUCCCACUCCCACUUUUCAGCUCGGGAGUUGCUGAACAGAUGUGCAAGGCCAGUGCCAAGAGUGCCCCUUUGAGACCCUUGGGAAGCUGGGUGGGGGCUGGUGGGUGGGGCGAGACUGUUGCUGGCUUCGAGCCCCCUCACCCUUCAUUCCAUUAAAUCCACAUUCUUCCCGCUGA